AUGAAACUGUUGACAACAGUAAUCAACUCAUCUCUUAAAUGCUCGAUAGUCCACGCCUACAACAGUCUUUGCUUCCCCCGGUUUUUCACUCGGAACUCCUCCAUCAUCAUCCCGUACAAACAUGCCCUCAUUUUCGUACCUCAAUCCUCAACCGGCUUCCCCUUAGCCUACGCACCCCCAGCACAGGAUAUGGAGGCGUCGUUUGUAUCCAAAGCGAGGACGGCCUUUCAUUCCGCGGCAGCUAAAGCGGAGAGAGUCUUCACGGAUAUUAAAAAAUCUGAUUUAAUUACCACCGAUCGAGAUUCUGAUAAACAAUGUCCGAAGACAUCAAAAACUGAUUCCUCUAACAACGAGGAUGUGUCCAAGGGUGGGCAUGAACUGAAAAAUUUGAAGUCGCCAAUAAAGAUAAAGCAGGAUUGGCACGAGAGAUUCAAGAACAUAAGAAUAGGCAAGAAAGAAGUUCAAGAUAUUAAUAAAGCUGAAAAUUCAACGAUGUCCUUUGCUAUUUUUGAUGAAAAUUUAUACCUGGUGAGCUCGGGAGAUGUUUCCCAAUCAAAGGGUUCAAAAUCGGGUUCCUCGGUAGAAAGUUCGUAUGCCUCAAACACAGAUUGUAUUCCUCCAACAGCUGUCAUGAAGCAAUUGGCCAUAGCUGUUGAGGCUGGGAAGACAUAUAAGACUAUUAAAGAUCUUCUGGCAUCAUCCAGAGAUUCUUCACCUGUCAGGGAGAGGGCUGCCUUGAAUUUCUCUGCAGUGAAGUCGUUAGUGCUACGUGAAAAGGAAGAUAAAUUCACCACUGAGUUUGGUGCUGAUGAUAAAAUCCUGUCGUUGAUCAAUUCACUGCUUGAUGCAGAAGGACAUUUUACUGGGAGUAAGGCCGGCUCUGGUUUGGAUAAACUUUCAAACAUCACAUCUUUGCCUAACGAUAUUCAUGGUGCUCCUCCUGAAAGCUUUCUUGUUAAGCUUUCUGAAGCCAUUGGAAACUUAAAAACCCUGAGGAAAAUGGCUUUGUUUUGGUGCGGGGUUGUUGCUGAACUGAGAAGACUCUGGGCUGAAGAGCAACAUAUUCCUGGCAUUCCACCAGAUGAGAUUCCAGACUUGAAAUCCUGUCUUUUGUAUCAGCAGUUGCAGGUUAUCAACUGUUGUCUCUCCAGAAAAAGGCGCCACUCUGUUGCCACUGAAGUAUUAGAUUCUGUUGAAAGGCAAGCCAGUUCAAAUGUUGAAGCACCAGCUGCUUCUGAAGGCCCAACCCCUGAAAGUUCUACUUUAUAUGCUAGAAUUAGUACUGGGGAACUUGUUCUCCGGAUGGGAGCUGAUAAAGAAUCUGAUAAUUUAACAAUGCUGGAAACUGGUGAACUUAUUUAUACCCCUGUUAUGCAGGAAGGGCCUCUGCUAACAGAAGAUCUUAUCAAGGAAACAGAGGAAUUUGUACUACGAACUGGGAGGGCCAUUGAACUCCCUGUAGUUUUUCUGAGAAGACUCUGGGCUGAAGAGCAACAUAUUCCUGGCAUUCCACCAGAUGAGAUUCCAGACUUGAAAUCCUGUCUUUUGUAUCAGCAGUUGCAGGUUAUCAACUGUUGUCUCUCCAGAAAAAGGCGCCACUCUGUUGCCACUGAAGUAUUAGAUUCUGUUGAAAGGCAAGCCAGUUCAAAUGUUGAAGCACCAGCUGCUUCUGAAGGCCCAACCCCUGAAAGUUCUACUUUAUAUGCUAGAAUUAGUACUGGGGAACUUGUUCUCCGGAUGGGAGCUGAUAAAGAAUCUGAUAAUUUAACAAUGCUGGAAACUGGUGAACUUAUUUAUACCCCUGUUAUGCAGGAAGGGCCUCUGCUAACAGAAGAUCUUAUCAAGGAAACAGAGGAAUUUGUACUACGAACUGGGAGUGUUGGUGCUGGAUGUUCUCAGCUUCUCUCUGACAUGCAGGCCUUUAAGGCUGCAAAUCCUGGUUGUGUAUUAGAAGAUUUUGUAAGAUGGCACUCCCCCCCUGAUUGGAUGGAAGCUGAGGCAAGCAAUGAAGCUAAAGAAACCAUUGAAGGCGGGGAUUUAUCGUGUGCAAGAGGUCAACUAAGUAGGCGAAUGCAGAAAGAAGGUAAUUUAUGGCGUGAACUGUGGGAAACAGCAAAACCAGUUCCAGCUGUCAGACAAACUCCCCUCUUUGAUGAGGAUUUGGCUGUGGAUGGUAUCCUGAAUUUCUUAGAGGAUGUCCCACCUUCUGAGCUUUUUGAACAGCUGUUUGUUUCUCUUCUGGGUUCAGGAUUCGUUAUUGCAGAGGUCGCACUCUCCACAAACUCAAGUUUGUCAAAGUUGUUCUACGAGUGCAGAGACUACAUUGUUGCCACUUGUCAAGGCAGCAAUUGGGUUGAGAAAGUGGAUGAUAUAUGCCAGGUGUAUGAAACAGUGGAGAUGAUGUUACUAAAUCCAGAUGAAGUUCUAAAGAUCACAAAUCAGCCAGAAGAAACCUCAAUUGCUGGUGAACCGAAAAAUAGGUUUAAGAGGCUUGGCUUCAUUUUUGGUGGCAAAGAUAGGCAUGGAAAACCAGAGUCAAAAGACCAGAAGAACUCAGAGGAGAACCCGGCACGCCAACAAUUUUCAUCAAUAUUUUCGAAGAAGCCUCCUAAGGCCAGCAGUGCAUCCCCAGCUGAAAAACCUGUUUGUUCGAUUGAAAAUGAUUGGACAGUCAUUUAAGCAUACUUGAUCUCACUUGUAACUGUAUAUAAUUCUGAAAAAAAAAAAAAUAAACAUCUGAAGAAAUUUUCCAAUUCUUUGAAAGGAAAG